GUGUAUUGCAGUUCAAUGCCGCACGAAAUAGUGUAUCCUCAGGGCUGCAGGCCAGUUGACGACAGCUUGGGAGCAGAUGAGCUCAUUAGGCGACUCAAGACUCUGGCCCAUACUCUUCAAGGGAUGGGUCAGGGAAUGUACCAGCAAUACAUACCAUUGGCAAUACAUUUAGCAGAUGAUGCAUUCUUACUGCAUCCUAGCAGAGAUGUUCAGCUUCUUAUAGCAUGCUGUAUAGCGGACGUUCUCAGGGUGUAUGCUCCAGAUGCUCCUUAUAAAGAUCCGGAACAUGUGAAGACAAUCUUCCUAUUUAUUAUAAAGCAAUUGUCUGGACUAAAAGAUCCUAAAGACCCAGCUUUCAAGAGAUAUUUCUAUCUUCUUGACAACCUGGCUCAAGUCAAAUCAUUCAACAUGUGCUUCGAACUUGAGGACUGCCAGGAGAUUUUUUGUCAUCUUUUUACACUAAUGUUUAAGAUAGUAAAUGACGAGCAUUCCAGCAAAGUCAAAAUAUUCAUGCUGGAUGUUCUUUGCCCAUUGAUAACUGAAUCCGAUGUUGUAAGCAAUAAGCUUUUAGAUAUCAUCCUGAUGAAUAUUGUGGAUCCGUACAAGUCACAAAGAAAAAACGCGUAUGAUCUAGCGAAGAGUUUAGUAAUUAAAUGCUCUGACACUCUGGAGCCCUACAUUCAAGCGUUCUUCAACCACGUUCUGAUUCUUGGCAAAGAAGAAAAGGGUAUUGCUAUUUGCUCCAAAGUUUACAGCUUGAUCUACGAGUUGAACAACAUUUGCCCGUCGGUUCUGUCCGCUGUUCUCCCCCAGCUUGAAUGUAAACUGAAAUCCAAUCUCGAGCAGGAGCGGCUGGAAGCGGUGGGAUUACUCGCAAGAAUGUUCUCUGAAAAAGACUCAAGUUCAAUGACAUUAGCAUUCAAAUCCGUAUCAAGUGCGUCCAAUAUUCAAUGCAUUUCCUACUGAAUCAUCCGGAUCUGAGAAAAGACAUCACAGAAACGCUGAAGUUGAGACAGCAUGAUGCCGAAGAGAGCGUCCGCUUCGAAGUGGUUACGGCCAUAGUCUCCACAGCGAAACGUGACUUCGAAGUUGUGUCGCAGUCUGAAGACCUCCUCAAGUCUGUCAAGGAGCGUACACGUGAUAAGAAGUUCAAAAUACGCAAGGAAGCUAUGAGUGGUCUGGCGUUGAUCUACAGGAAGCAUUUGCACGAAAAUGAUUGUCCUCAAGCUACGAAGAAAGCUGUCACCUGGAUGAAGGAUAAAAUUCUUCAUGGAUAUUACAUGACUGGAAUGGAGGAUAGGCUCCUUGUUGAGAGACUGCUGAACAACUCACUUGUUCCUUAUCAGCUGGCACCUGACGAGCGUAUGAAGAAAUUGUACCAUCUAUGGGGCACAAUUGACGAUCAUGCUUCUAGAGCAUUCGUCGAACUGAAUAAGCAUCAGAUGCAUUUACGAAAGCACGUCUUCGAAUGGGUUGAUAUGCAUAAAAGGCCAGUAACAGAUGAGCUCACUAAGGAGAUGUCAGCCAAACUUACAGUUAUAUCACGGUAUCUUCCUGAACCAGACAAGUGCCAGGAAUUUUUGGCUAAAUUCUCAACUAAUCUUUACGAAGAUCAGAAUUUACUUCUUGGCAUGGAGGCUAUCAUGAGGCCGGAAAUUCCUUGCAAGGAUUGUGCGGAAAUCAUUAGUUUUGUAUUGAAGAAAUUGGGACAACCAGUAAUGACGAACCUCUAUUACAAUACCAUAAAAAUGCUUUUAGGAAGAAUAUCAUCGGUUAUGAUUGACUAUUUAGCAUUGAGGGAACUGAUUGUGUAUGUGGAAGACUGUCUACAGGGAGGGAACCUUAUUGACGAGAUUGGUCUCCACCCGAACACAGCAGGAGUGAAAGGACUGACACUGCUUGUCAUGCUUUCAUAUUUGUUCUCGGUGCAUUUCUUCCAUGAGGACAUUCUGUCAAAACUCUUGUCGUUCCUAGAUUAUGAAGAUGAGAAUGUUGCGCCGCACGUUCUCUAUGUAUUCACAUUCCUCGGCAAAUAUAAACGAAUAGGUGAAGAGUUUCCGGAAAUCGAGAACGAACUGGCACCUAUCUGUACAAGAUUCGCCGAGACUGGAACACCAAAACAGGCCAAACAAGCAGUACGAUGUAUUUUCGUCAACAUGCCACAACAUCACAAUGUUAUUUUCGGCGAUAUAUUGGAGAAAAUCAAGGAGAAUCUCAAUUGUGAGUCGCAGUACUACCGGACUGCUAUCGUGGCAUUAGGCCACAUAGCUUUCAACCUGCCUGAAAAAUAUCCCGCUCAUAUGAAGAAUAUUGUUUCAAGAAAGAUUGUGAAAGAACUACUGGUUAAGGAGAACGAAACGUCACCGAUUGGUCAACCUCAUGACAGGGAUUGGUGCAACGAAGAUAACCUCCCGGAUGAAACCAGAAGCAAAGUGGAUGGACUGAAGACAAUGGCCAGGUGGCUUCUCGGGUUGAAGGAAGACACAGUGUCUGCGCAGAAGACAUUCCGAAUGCUCAGUGCGUUCAUUACACAUAAAGGCGAUCUACAACAAACUGGAAAAAUGAGCAAAGCUGAAAUGGCCUGGUUGAGGUUAACGGCCGGCUGUUCGAUGUUGAAAAUUUGUGAACAAAAAGGUGUGGGAGACCAGUUCUCAGCCGAACAAUACUGCCAGCUGUCUUCUCUUCUGUUGGAUGAAGUUCCUCAAGUACGAGAAAUGUUCUUGAACAAACUUCACAAAGGCCUCAAUCGAGGCGUGCCCAACAAAUGCCUGCCCCUCGACUUCAUGGGAUUCUAUGCGCUGACUGGCCUCUGGACCGAUAAGAGGAUGAAGGCAUUGGCUCGACAGUAUAUGCAAUCUGAUAUCAAUAAGAGGAGAGAAUAUGCAAAGACUUUGAUGAACGGACCGACUGGAACUGGUACACAACCCUAUCAAACAAAAAUGAUUCAACAAUUGCCGAACAUCAUGCCAGAUAUGAUGAUUGUGUUUGCUAUGCCGGUGUUGACUCACUGCCCAGUGUUCACUGACCACACAGACAAAGACCAAUUGGCCCAAAUGCAGACUUGUCUAACUCACAUUUUAGAGCCUCUGAUUGCGCAGAAAGAUACCUUCUGCUUUGGUUACUACAAGGAGCUCAAUGAACAAAUGAAGAAUCAUUACUUGUCCACAGCUAAUGAUGACAAUAACAUCAAUGUGAGAUUGUGGACCCUUUGCGAUCUGGCCAUGACGGUUCUUGUAUCAAAAACAAUAAAUUUCGAAAUGCGUAACUUCCCCACCGAACCAAGAAUACCGGCCAUGUAUUUCAAGAGAAUGGAUGACUCCAUCGACAACAAAAAGAACUAUCUGCCGCCUGAUAUGCAGGUUCCGAAGAAACUUUCACCAAGCUCAAACAGCCAACUGAAAGGCCAGACUAACAACCAGACUGCAUUUCCCGAAAUCGAUGUUGAGGGGUGA